CUUUUUGCUCCCUUCACUUCAUUUUCACUUUGCAAUUGAAUUGACAUGGCUCAUUUGCCCACACGGUCAUUUCAGGCCUACCAGGUCUUUGCCGCCAACACUAAUGUUGGGAAGACUAUUCUCUCAACAGGCCUCGUCCGUGCCGCUGCAGCCUUGUCGAUCGGUGCAGAUAAACAAAAGAAGACUAAAGCCUUUUAUCUGAAGCCUGUUCAAACCGGAUAUCCUGUUGACUGUGAUGCAAGACAUGUAAAAGCAUAUGCACCUCUUGUAGAGACUAGUCGGCUAUAUGCUUAUCCUGACCCAGUCAGCCCUCAUAUCGCUACUACUGAGCCUCCACCAGACUCAGAGGUUCUUCAGGCAACAAUCAAUGCACUGCGCACAUUCAAGCAGACUUUGGGACCAUCUGAUAAAGGAUGGGCAUUACUCGAAACUGCAGGAGGUGUUAAUAGCCCCAUUAUGUCGGGAGAGCUGCAGUCCAGGUUCUAUCGGCCAUUGCGGCUGCCUACAGUUUUGGUGGGUGAUAGCCAUUUGGGCGGGAUCUCUACGACAUUGACAUCUUAUGAAUCCCUGCAUCAAUACGGAUACGACAUCCCUGCAUUGCUACUCUUUGAAAACACUUGUCGGAACGACCAGUUCUUGUAUAGACACAUCCUCAAAUUGACAGCGACAGAGGCAAAGGAGAACAGGCCCAUUAUCUAUGCGAUGCCUCCGCCUCCACAGAAAUUAGCCGAUCCAAAGGAAGAUGCAGAGCAACUGCAAGAAUAUUACGAGCAAACUGAGGAUCAUUUCCGACAAGUGGUUGAGGCGCUGGGUCAAUAUCAUCAUCAACGGCUAGAUCGGUUGGAAUCUCUGGCUGACAAAGCCCGGACUUCGAUUUGGUGGCCGUUCACACAGCACCAGACUGUUAAGGAGGUGACUGUAAUCGAUUCAGCAUAUGGAGAUAUCAUGACCACAUAUCUGGAAUCCAAAAAAGAUACCCAAUCAAUUGGUACAUCCACACAAAAUGUGACAGUAGCGAAUGAGAGUGAUGGCGGGAGGCAGUGGAAAUGGAAGGAGAUGUUUGACGGAUGCGCCAGUUGGUGGACCCAGGGGUUGGGCCAUGGAUCACCCGAAUUGACGCAGUCGGCCGCUUAUGCUGCAGGUCGCUAUGGACAUGUCAUGUUCCCGGAAUGUGCGCAUGAACCUGCUGUCAAGUUGACGGAGACACUACUUGAGACCGUUGGAGAUGGCUGGGCCUCUCGUGUAUUUUUCUCUGAUAACGGCAGUACAGCCGUUGAGGUGGCACUCAAGAUGGCAUUAAAGGCUAGUCAGGAUCGGUAUAUAGAUCUAGGUCAAGCUACAGGGCAGGUGGAGGUGAUUGGUAUCGACGGUGGAUACCAUGGUGAUACUAUUGGAGCAAUGAACGCAUGUUCACCAAAUCUGUACAAUGCCCAAGUGACUUGGUAUAAAUCCCAUGGUCAUUGGUUCAACCCUCCUACAGUGUUGUUUAAGGAUUCUCAUUUCCAGGUCACUGUUCCUGCAGAGAUGACCAAGGAUGGGGCCCCUCUUAAGGUUUCGAUCGACAAUUUGUCAUCUGUGUUCUCCAAAUCUCCUCUCUCCUCAUCAAUGCCAUCAUGUAGCAAUGGUCAAGAUCCUCGAUUAAAGAUUUACCGUACUCAUAUCCGAGAGACGUUAACCAGGCUGACACAAAAAGAGAAAAGAUCAUUUGGAGCCUUGCUAAUGGAGCCAGUCCUGAUGGGUGCUGGUGGCAUGGUCUGGGUGGACCCUCUCUUCCAAAGAUGCCUUGUCGAGGAAGUGAGAGCCUUCAAGGGGUUUGGAACCGAGAUUUCACCCGUCAAAAAUCCACAUGUCCCUGCUAAGAACAACUGGAAGGGACUCCCAGUGGUGUUUGAUGAGGUCUUUACUGGGUGCUGGCGUUUGGGCCGUAAAUCUGCAGCAGACAUGCUGCAAGUGGAUCCCGACAUUGCUGCAUACGCGAAGCUCCUCACUGGUGGUCUGAUCUCACUGGCAACUACGCUGACUAGUGAUGCAAUUUUCAACAACUUUUUGAGUGAAACCAAGACAGACGCACUUUUGCACGGUCACUCAUAUACCGCACACCCUAUUGGAUGUGCAGUCGCCAACACCAGUCUUCAGGCAUACCGUUUAAUGGAAUCUCAUGGCGACGCAGAUCAAGCUCGUCAGGACUGGGGGGCUGCACCGUAUGGAGAACAGGGCAUCUGGUGUUCGUGGAAUCAAAAGGUUGUCAAUAAGAUCUCAAAGAUGAAGCAUGUUGCUGGUGUUGUGCCCCUUGGAAGCGUCUUGGCAAUCCAGAUGCAGGAGCUCGAUGGCCCUUCAGGCUAUGCGUCCUUGGUCUCGCAAAAAGUGCAAUCCAAACUGAGAGAGAAGGAGCAUGAAGAUAGUGAGAUAGAGGUAGCCAUCUUUGGACGACCCUUGGGAAAUGUUGUCUACAUGAUUGCAUCCCAAGUAUCGACCCGAGAACAGUUGGCUAAAGUAGAGAAUAUCCUUCUUAGAGUCUUGGAGAGCCAAAUUUAAUCGUUUCAUACAACUACCGGGAACAUAUUUAGAAAUCGUACACAAUCAUUUAUAGACCUUAUCUCCAUAUGUUCAUUGAUAACGAAUUAUAAACUCUUUAGCUUUGAUGUUUUUUCCC